CAACCACGGCGAUGCGCGCUGUCGCAACAACACAACACACAUCCUGGCCCUCGCCUUCGCACGCAUUCGCUUUCACCCACUUCUCCGCGCCAUUGCAUGCCAACACACGUCAACGCGCAUCGUCUGCCGAAGCCGCCCUCCGCCGUCGCCGCGCACUGCCUGUCGGCCGCCGUCCACCAUCCUUGCGCACUCACAAGGCCUCUCUCUGCAGCGGACUCGGCGCCUCGGCUGCACUCAACCCAGUGCAGCUCUGACGUCGGUCGGCGACAGCGGGAGGGGUGGUUCUCUGGCCUGCGGCAGCUGCGCGGCGACCUCGCGGGCUGUGGUGAAGGCGGGCUCACACACGAGUCAAGGCUGCUCAUCGACACAAAGCCUGGGCGGGCGGGUUCCCCUGUGGCGAGUGCGGCAGGGGGGAUUUUCUUCUGCCCGGUAAGUGCACCGUCCUAGUUGUAAGCUGAUGCACCAUGGCCAAGCCGGCCGGCUCCAAGCAUGGCUUUCCAGUGCUGGCCUGUCUCGACACUGCGCCCUUGUCGCUGGCGUGCACGAUGCGCAUCCGGCAUCACGAGGCGCGGCGGCAGGUGACGCUGAUGUUGCGCAUUGCUGCGUUGGGGGUUGUCGCAGGUGCCGACAGCGGGCACGCGUUCGUUGCGCAGUACGACGCCGACAACCUCGACCUCCCCUUUCACACGUCCGAUGGUGCUGCUGCUGGUCAUGUCGCCGCUAGAGCUGUUGCUCUGGAUGCUUCGGUUCUUGAUAUCCCCUCCGCACGCCUCGCUGCAAUCGAGCGCAACCCCAACGCCUCAUGUGUCGCUGUUCUCACCCUGCGCCUCAAACAACCCUGCCCGCUCUGGCAUCCGCCCCUGCUAGCCUUGGUUCCCGCAGAGCCUCGCGCGAGUGAGUACAACCAGCUUGUAGACCUAGCAAAGGCCACAACAGUGCAAAUCAUCUUAGACCGCAACUGGCUGAGCCGUGAACACAACGCGCCCUUUCAAUGGAUUGUUGAUGGACAGGAGGGGCUGUCUGGCUUCCCCGUCGCUGAGUUUUACUCCCGGCACUUCGCCCGCGCAGACUGGACAGACUUUGGGCCUGCCGAAGAGCUGCACAAGCGGCCGAGAAGCGUCUCGGGCUCUGCAUCACCGCUCCCGCACUACAAACGCGCGAGAGCAGACGAACCGCACUCGCCCUUGCCGCUGCCGCCCUCACCCACUGAGGUGGCGUCAUCACCGGCAGCUCCCCGUUCGCAUAAUCCACACACAUAUCUGAGUGAAAGUGAUGAGACCGAAUUUCAGACUCAGGCCAUCGCCCGUGUAGUCAGCCGUCUCCUGCCUAGUGUUCUGCCGCAGGUCCUCCCGGACGUCCUCGAUCAGACCCUUCCCAGUGUCAUCAGCCAGAUCCUGCCCACCGCCCUCAUCCAGAUCCUUCCUGACUCCAUCAGCCCUGCUCACUCCUUCUCCUCCAUAUCCCAUGACGUAGACACGCCCCAGCCCAGCACAUUGCCCGCCCAUGGACUGACCCCCCUCGGUGAAGUCCUCAUUCCCCGCCUCGUCGCCCACCUCCAGCCCCAGCUGCAGACCAUGAUCUCAGCCGCGCUGUCCCGCGGGGUGGACAGCAAGCUGAAAGCGGCAACGCUGGAGAUGGAAGAGACCACGGAGGACAGGAUAGCCGAGCUGCUGCAGCAGAGCGACCGGGCUUCAGAGGAGUUGCGACGCGAAAAGGACAAAGUCAUGGACGAUCUGCGGCAUGAGCGGAACGACGGUGUCGCCGACUUGCGACGCGAGAUAGCCGCUGGCACAGCGGCGCUGCAGCAAGAAGGCGACGAAUACGUCAUCGCGCUGGAGGCUGAUCUCGAGGACAGACUGGAGUCGCUGCAGCAGCAGACCGACGACGGGGUGCUCGUGUUGCAGACCGAGAAAGACGAUCUUCUAGACGACGUGACCCAGGCUGCAUCCGCCACGCUGACCGACGUAGAGCAGGAGUUGCAAGACAUGGCUGAUGGCGUGGUCGACGACGCAGAGUGGCGCCUCCGAGAGAAAGGCGCACAGGCCGUCGACGCUGUCCUGCAGCAGCUUGACGCGCUGCGAGAGCAGGCGCUGCGGGCAGUGAGGGGAGAGGAGCAUGUGAAGCGGGGAAGUGCGCGCGCCCGGCACAGGGGCAAGGGCGGCUUCCACGGGCUUGGACGUAGAGCGACAACGCGCAGGUAAAUCAAGUACCUACUACAGCAACCCCUUCUCCCGCUACACCCCCCCGUCCUCCGCAAACCUCCUCCGAUCCCCCUCAAUAUCCCCCCGCAGCAUCGGAAACCCCUCAUAAAACUCCUCCCCCACCCCCCACCGCCCC